GCAAUACCAGUGUGGAACACUCAUCACUCCGUAUUCACUAUUCACUACUCACUAGUCUGCAGUGGUCCACAGUAGCUGACCUGGUGGUAGACGUUUACUGUGAAUGUCUGUGCUAGAUAUUAUUUAGUUAUUAUUUAUUUUAUGUAAAUGUUAAAUAAAACGGUUGUGAUUUUCAUUGAGUAUGGUAAUGACAAUUAUUUUCAAAGAUAUUUCUCUGGCUCUUUCAAAUAGAAUUUAACAUCAAAAUACAUGGAGUCAAAUGAAAAAACAAACUUAAUAACUAGUCAUCAUGUAUACAAAAAUUACUCGAGUAAACCACCCCAUUUGCACUAUACAAGUGCAAUAAGCAGAGUGUUAUGGCUAGCAUGGGUAGUAACAAUGCCAUGCGUGGCGCCGGGCAUGAGUAUUGGAUAUUCUGCUAUUGUGUUGGACCAAUUGCAAUUAUCAUUGGACGAACAAUCUUGGUUUGCUAGUCUGCCGUCCACGAUGAUGCCGAUCGGUUGCCUGUUGAGCGGGCCGCUGAUCGACAAGCUCGGCCGGAAGACGGCGCUGAUGGUGACCAACCUGCCGUCUUUCCUGGGUUGGCUGCUAUUGUCCAAGCAACCGGCCAGCCUGUACGUGCUGUACGCGGGCCAGUUGCUGGUGGGCCUGUCCGUGGGCCUGUCCACGACCCCGGCCACGGUGUACGCGGCCGAGUGCAUCACGGUCAACUACACCGGGCUGCGCGGAUGCUUCACGAUAAUGACGUCCGUCAUGCUCAACUUCGGCAUGUUCCUCACGUACCUGCUGGGCACGCUGAUGCCCGCGUACGUGGUCGCUUACGUGGCGGCGUUCGUGUCGUUCACCGCGUUCAUAUUCAUCGGCACGCUCAUACCCGAGAGCCCGCCGUGGCUGUUCGGACAGGGCCGCCGCGUGGACGCCGAGUUCUCGCAGAGGGUGUUGCGCAUCGCCCAGCCCAUACUGCAAACGUCCCGGGCCAAGUCGCUGGACGGGGACUCGGCCGCCUUGGUGCGCGUCCGGUCCCGGAUCGUGGACAGGCUGUUCGAACCGGACGUCUACAAGCCGAUGGCGAUAAUGACGACGUUCCUGUUCUUCCAGCAGUUCAGCGGUUCGUUCGUGUUGACCGCGUACAUGGUCCAGCUGCUCAGCGGCCUCGGCGUGACCGUGAACGGCUACCUGGUGACGCUGCUGGCCGGGUUCACCAACCUGGCCGCCAUGAUCCUGCUGUCCGUGUUGCUCACCCGGUUCGGGUUCAAGGAGCUGUCCUACGUGUCGUGCGCCGGCUACGCCGCGUCCAUGGUGCUGCUGGCCGUGUUCCUGCAGUUCUACGGCGGCGGCGACGCGCUCGUCAUCAACGUGGUGGUCAUCGGUUGCGUGUUGCUCAACAUGGCCAUGAACGGGCUGGGACUGCGGCCCAUACCGUACGCCAUGCUCGGUGAGGUGUUCCCCACCGACGUGGCCGGCGUGGCCGGUUCCAUCGUCGCGUGCAUGUCAUCCGUGUUCAACUUCAUCGCCAUCAAGACGUACCCGUACCUGCGCAUAUGGCUGGGCCCGGGCGUGUUCGCGCUGUACGGAGCGCUUGGGCUGCUCACGCUCGUGUUCGUCGCGACAAUCGUACCGGACACCCGGGGCAAGACCAUCAAGCAGAUCAGCGACGAGUUUCUGCGGAAGAAGCCAACAGACAGCGUUAUCGAAUACCGGAAGAGGAGCUGCACAGCGGACGAAGUGUUUUGAACGAUGCACACGACGUGUCUAUCUUAUAAUAUUUUGAUUUUCUAGGAUCUCAUUUUUCAUUAUAUCGUUAUAAAUAUAAUAUUAUGUGAUUUCUUUUUUUUUUUUUACGUUCGUGACGAUUGUUAUUGAUUAAUAUAAAUUAUAAUAUUAUAACAUAA